CCGGGGCGGGGGCGAGCGAGCCAGCGAGAGCGAGCGAGCCGCUCCCGCCCCGCGUCCCGCCACCGCCACCGCGCGCAACGCGCGCACCGCACUCUCUCCAGGGUGGCCCUGCGCCCACAUCCCGCACCGGUUUGUGGGUCCCACCAGAGGCAGAAACUCUUCAUACUUUAAUGUUUGAGUGUCCUAGGAUGAGAAGUGACCCUUCCUUGAAGCCUGCCUCUGACAUGCUUUCUACAGCCUGUUACUGACUGGCGGAAGCUGCAAUCGUAUUCACUCCUUUUCAGAGGCUGCAUUGUGAGUGUGGCUAAGUGGACUUGGUUUGCAGUUGGCCCAGUGCUGCCUGGUCUUAAAUAGAAUCAUGGCCAAACCUUAUGAAUUUAACUGGCAGAAAGAAGUUCCUUCCUUUUUGCAAGAAGGAGCCGUUUUUGAUAGAUAUGAAGAGGAAUCCUUUGUGUUUGAACCCAACUGUCUCUUCAAAGUGGAUGAAUUUGGUUUUUUUCUGACUUGGAGAAGUGAAGGCAAGGAAGGACAAGUGCUAGAAUGUUCCCUUAUCAACAGUAUUCGAUUGGGAAUCACACCGAAGGAUCCAAAGAUUCUUGCUGCUCUAGAAACUGUUGGAAAAUCAGAAAAUGACCUAGAAGGCCGGAUAGUUUGUGUCUGCAGUGGUACAGAUCUAGUCAACAUUAGUUUUACAUACAUGGUGGCUGAAAAUCCGGAAGUAACUAAGCAAUGGGUCGAAGGCCUAAGAUCAAUCAUACACAACUUCAGGGCCAACAACGUCAGUCCAAUGACAUGCCUCAAGAAACACUGGAUGAAAUUGGCAUUUAUGACCAACACUAAUGGUAAAAUUCCAGUGCGGAGUAUUACAAGAACCUUUGCUUCGGGAAAAACAGAAAAGGUAAUCUUUCAAGCACUCAAGGAGCUAGGCCUUCCCAGUGGCAAGAAUGAUGAAAUUGAACCCACAGCAUUUACUUAUGAAAAGUUCUAUGAACUGACACAAAAGAUUUGUCCUCGGACAGAUAUAGAGGACCUUUUUAAAAAAAUCAAUGGAGACAAAACUGAUUAUUUAACGGUAGACCAAUUAGUGAGCUUUCUAAAUGAACAUCAACGAGAUCCUCGAUUGAAUGAAAUUUUAUUCCCAUUUUAUGAUACUAAAAGGGCAAUGCAGAUUAUUGAAAUGUAUGAGCCUGAUGAAGAUUUGAAGAAAAAAGGCCUUAUAUCAAGUGAUGGGUUUUGCCGUUACCUGAUGUCAGAUGAAAAUGCCCCAGUCUUCCUCGAUCGUUUAGAGCUGUACCAAGAAAUGGACCAUCCUUUGGCUCACUACUUCAUCAGUUCAUCCCAUAAUACCUAUCUCACUGGUCGACAGUUUGGCGGGAAGUCUUCAGUUGAAAUGUAUAGACAGGUUCUCCUGGCUGGUUGCAGGUGUGUUGAACUUGACUGUUGGGAUGGAAAAGGCGAAGACCAAGAACCAAUAAUAACUCAUGGGAAAGCAAUGUGUACAGAUAUUCUUUUUAAAGAUGUUAUUCAAGCCAUCAAGGAAACUGCAUUUGUCACAUCUGAAUAUCCUGUGAUUCUCUCCUUUGAAAAUCACUGCAGCAAAUAUCAACAGUACAAGAUGUCCAAAUAUUGCGAAGAUCUAUUUGGGGAUCUCCUGUUGAAACAAGCACUUGAGUCGCAUCCACUUGAACCGGGUAGAAGCUUGCCAUCCCCUAAUGAUCUCAAAAGAAAAAUACUCAUCAAAAAUAAAAGGCUGAAACCUGAAGUUGAGAAAAAGCAGUUUGAAGCUUUGAAAAGCAUGAUGGAAGCUGGAGAAUCUGCAGCACCCGCUAACAUCUUGGAAGAUGAUAAUGAGGAGGAAAUAGAGAGUGCUGACCAAGAGGAAGAAGCUCACCCUGAGUACAAAUUUGGAAAUGAACUGUCAGCUGAUGACUUAGGUCACAAGGAAGCUGUUGCAAACAGUGUCAAGAAGGCUUCAGAUGACCUUGAGCACGAAAACAAUAAAAAGGGCCUGGUGACUGUGGAAGACGAGCAGGCAUGGAUGGCAUCUUAUAAAUAUGUAGGUGCCACCACCAACAUUCAUCCGUAUUUGUCCACAAUGAUCAACUAUGCACAGCCUGUAAAGUUCCAAGGUUUCCAUGUGGCUGAAGAACGCAAUAUUCAUUAUAACAUGUCUUCUUUUAAUGAAUCUGUUGGUCUCGGCUACUUGAAGACACAUGCCAUUGAAUUUGUGAAUUAUAACAAACGGCAAAUGAGUCGCAUAUAUCCCAAGGGAGGCCGAGUUGAUUCCAGUAAUUACAUGCCUCAGAUUUUCUGGAAUGCUGGUUGCCAGAUGGUUUCACUGAACUAUCAGACCCCAGAUUUAGCGAUGCAACUGAAUCAGGGAAAAUUUGAGUAUAAUGGAUCAUGCGGAUACCUUCUCAAACCAGAUUUCAUGAGACGGCCUGAUAGAACGUUCGAUCCUUUCUCUGAAACUCCUGUUGAUGGGGUGAUUGCAGCUACUUGCUCAGUGCAGGUUAUAUCUGGUCAGUUCUUAUCGGAUAAGAAAAUUGGCACCUACGUAGAGGUAGAUAUGUAUGGGCUGCCUACGGAUACUAUUCGGAAGGAAUUUCGCACACGCAUGGUGAUGAACAAUGGACUCAAUCCAGUUUACAAUGAAGAAUCCUUUGUCUUUCGAAAGGUGAUUCUGCCUGACCUGGCAGUCUUGAGAAUCGCUGUGUAUGACGACAACAACAGACUGAUUGGCCAGAGGAUUCUCCCCCUGGAUGGCCUCCAAGCAGGCUACCGACACAUUUCUCUUCGAAACGAGGGAAAUAAGCCUUUAUCACUGCCAACAAUUUUCUGCAAUAUUGUUCUUAAAACCUACGUGCCUGAUGGAUUUGGAGAUAUUGUGGAUGCUUUGUCUGAUCCCAAGAAAUUCCUUUCUAUUACGGAAAAGAGAGCAGACCAAAUGAGGGCUAUGGGCAUUGAAACUAGCGACAUAGCUGAUGUGCCCAGUGAUACUUCCAAGAACGACAAGAAAGGGAAGGCCAAUACUGCCAAGGCAAAUGUGACUCCUCAGAGCAGCUCUGAGCUCAGGCCAACCACCACAGCUGCCCUAGGGUCUGGCGUGGAAACCAAAAAAGGUAUAGAACUUAUCCCUCAAGUAAGGAUAGAAGAUUUGAAACAGAUGAAGGCUUACCUGAAACACUUAAAGAAACAACAGAAGGAGUUAAAUUCUUUAAAGAAGAAGCAUGCAAAGGAACACAGUACUAUGCAGAAGCUACACUGCACGCAAGUUGACAAAAUCGUGGCACAGUAUGACAAAGAGAAGUCAACUCAUGAGAAAAUCCUAGAGAAAGCAAUGAAGAAGAAAGGAGGAAGUAAUUGUCUUGAGAUGAAAAAGGAAACAGAGAUUAAAAUUCAGACACUCACAACAGAUCACAAAUCUAAGGUCAAAGAGAUCGUAGCACAGCACACCAAGGAAUGGUCAGAGAUGAUCAACACCCACAGUGCUGAGGAGCAAGAAAUCCGGGACCUGCACCUUAGCCAGCAGUGUGAGUUGCUGAAAAAGCUUCUGAUCACUGCUCACGAGCAGCAAACCCAGCAGCUGAAGCUCUCUCAUGACAGGGAAAGCAAAGAAAUGCGAGCACACCAAGCUAAGAUUUCAAUGGAAAACAGCAAAGCCAUCAGCCAAGACAAAUCUAUCAAAAAUAAAGCAGAGCGGGAAAGGCGAGUCAGGGAAUUAAACAGCAGCAACACUAAAAAAUUUCUGGAAGAAAGAAAGAGACUCGCAAUGAAACAGUCCAAAGAAAUGGAUCAGUUGAAAAAAGUCCAGCUUGAACACUUAGAAUUCUUGGAGAAACAAAAUGAUCAGCUGUUGAAAUCCUGCCAUGCAGUGUCCCAAACACAAGGCGAAGGAGAUGCAGCAGAUGGUGAAACUGGAAGCCGAGAUGGACCGCAGACCAGCAACAGUAGUGUGAAACUCCAAAAUGCAAACUGAAGUAGCCAACCCACACAACAUCAGAAAAAUCCCCUCCAAACUUCUGAAACAAAUCCAUGGAAGAAAUCUGUUGUCUUUUAUUUUCCUUUUAUGUACGACAAGAAGUUCACCAAGACCACAGAAACUUUUAGAGUUCUAUCCAAUGUUUUAUCUGACUACUGAAUUUAUUUGACCCCCCCAAAGUAGCUACAAAUCCCCCCAAAUCACUAUUCCGGUAAGGCAGAGUUUUAACAACUGAUAAUACAACUUAAACUUGUUUGCUACAAAA